GACAGCUUUGACUUGAGGCACAUGCGGUCCACUCAGGAUGCUCCGCCUCAGCUCUAUCCCAGUCACAGUCCCUGGCACAUCAUUCAUAUUGUUAUCGCCUUAGUCCUAUGACUGUCGAACCUGUGCGUCCGCCAUCACUGUCAUGACGGGCGACUAUGAGCGCAACCGGUGCACUUGGUGCCUGGAUGACUGCUGCGUUUCCUCAUCUCCGCCCUUCACGGCCAGACGGUACCCCCCAGAUCGCAGAUUACUGCCCCGCCCCGCCUGGACUUCCUGUGGCACUUGCCAUUUCAGGACCAUAUAUGGCUGAUAAGGCUCGGACCUGGGGGCGCAGAAUACCACCCAACUGAAUUGGCGGCAGUUCUGCACUCGGCGUGUACAGCCAGCAGGCCGUAUCAUACCUGACAAACGUACUCGUAGUUGAGGAGCCUGCGGUAUUUAAUCCUCAAAACUGCUGCCCAGGAGCGUAUCAUAUAACCUGACCUCUCCUCAACCGAGUGCUCAUCUACACUGCGAAACGUACCUUCAGAUGGGCAUGAGCAAUCAGUCCUGCUACCCUCUCAUAUUUGCUGUAAGUAUAUUUCGACACCGAAAAGUGGGCUGAUGCCCAACCUCUACCUCUAGGUCUGGGCAGCAGCCUGCGUCGCCGACGCUUGGUGGAUCUACUACUACGUUCAAGACUCAAUAAACCCUGUCCCGUACAAUGCCACAGACCGCUCCGCGUCCGCCUUCGAAGGCUUUACGGCUAUGAUGUUCAUCUUUGGCUUUUUCUUAAGCUGCUUCAACGGCAUAUGGGCAUAUGGCUACCUGUGCUGGGCAUGCGGCGACGGCUGGCGCCGGUCCGGCUCGGGAAAUCUCUUGGUUACACUAUUCAGUCUGUUCAUCGCCGCCCCCGUACUGGCCUUUUCAGUUAUUAUGCCCUUCUUUGGCGGAUGGAUCGUCGUGCCAAUUAUGCAGAAGUAUGCCUGGGAUCAUUACUGUGAUUCAUUCCCUGCCUUCGCCAUCUUGGACGCCCGGUCGUACAAUGACCCAAGCUACACCGUGAACGUUGCUUACUUCUUCAUGAACCAGCCCUCUGCAGGGUCACCGACCCAACUCUUUACCUAUGAGAUCGCGAACACAGACGGCGGGGACAAUUGGCGCUUCAGCCUGCGCUCUUGGGACACGGCCCAAUCGUCCAUCCCCCUCGACUUCUACCCUACGCUGCAGGCUGUGCACUACAAUUUUUACCAGCUCACCAUUGACGGAAACUGCACGCUCUCCGCAAAUGCAAGUGCGGCAGGCAACACGGUGGACAACACGGCGACGGUGCCAUGCAUGACAGGCACAUUUGACCCUAGCGCGCACCUCCAUUUUAACAUCACCUCAGCCGUCCCGCUCAACAGCACGCUUGUGUCGUCGUACCCCGCCGCAGUGCCGAAUGCGACCUCGAACCUCACAAUCCGCGACAGUAAUUGGGACUUCGGCAAAUACGCGCCCGCGCUCGCGCUACAAGAGCUGCAACCAGAUGGGCAGCUCGGGCACCUCAUCCUCAAGACUACGGUCACGGCUCCACAUGACAGCACCGAGCUCAAGGUGUGUGUCGCUGGACCUGAGGGCAGGCAGGGCGCGGCGGUCCAACCAGAGGUGUUCGCGCCCCUCGGGUUGGUGCUCAUGCGCCAAGCGGACUAUGCACUGUACAGCACGCAGCCGAGCAGCGACUGAGCUGGGCAAGUUAUUCACAUGUGGCUGUAAUUGUACUCUAAUCCUUUAAUCCUUAAACAGACAGCUCUUUCUCACUCUUUCCUCUCUCAUGCAUUCCUACUGGACGUACAUGGACUAGCCUGGUAUUACAGGAAUAAAUUGUAUUUUACUUUCUUGAGACAUUCUAGUAUAGUGCAAUAUGAAAAUCUUUGACAAAUG